AAGGGCCCGCGGCAGCCGCGGGGGUCGGGCUGGGGGCACGGUGGAGGGGAGGGACGGGGCGGCGCCCGGCUGGGCUGCCCGGCCGGCUCACCUCGCUCAGGCGGCGCGCCCUGCGGGAACUCGCGGGGAGGAGAGCCAGACCCGCGAGCCUCGGGAUUCCGGGACCGCCCUCUCCCGCCCCAGGGCCAGCGGCGAGCGGCAACGACGGCUAGAGCCGCAGCGGCAGCAUGAGAGCUGGCUCCGCCGCUCUCCGCCCGCGGACGUGCCUGCGCGCGCCAUGGGGGCGCCGUGGGGCCGGGCGGCGGGUCGGGGCUUCGGGCGGCGCCGAGGCCGGGGGUUUCCGCGGGGCGCUUCGGCGCUGGCCGCCGGCCUGCUGUGCACCGCUCUGGCCGCCUACUCCUGCUGGACUCGGCUGCCGCCGCUGCCCUGGGCGUCCCCCGCCCCGCGGCGGCCGGUGGGCGUGCUGCUGUGGUGGGAACCCUUCGCGGGGCGCGACAGCGGCGCGCGGCGGCCCCCGGACUGCUGGCUGCGCUUCAACAUCAGCGGCUGCCGCCUGCUCACCGACCGAGCGGCCUAUGCGGAGGCCCAGGCGGUGCUCUUCCACCACCGGGACCUCGUGAAGGGCCCCCCCGACUGGCCCCCGCCCUGGGGCGUCCAGGCGCGCGGGACGGAGGAGCUGGAGUUGCGGGUGUUGGACGACGAGGCGGCGGCCGCUGCCGAAGCCCUGGCCACCUCGGGCCUCAGGCCCCCGGGCCAGCGCUGGGUGUGGAUGAACUUCGAGUCGCCCUCCCACUCCCCGGGCCUGCGCAGCCUGGCGGGUAACCUCUUCAACUGGACCCUCUCCUACCGGGCCGACUCGGACGUCUUCGUGCCUUACGGCUAUCUCUACCCCAGGACCCAUCCCAGCGACCAGCCCCCGGGCCUGGGCCCGCCGCUCGCCCGGAAACGGGGGCUGGUGUCCUGGGUGGUGAGCAACUGGGACGAGCGCCAGGCGCGGGUCCGCUACUACCACCAGCUGAGACAGCACGUGGCGGUGGACGUGUUCGGCCGCAGCGGGCCUGGGCUGCCGGUGCCGGACGCCGGUCUCCUGCACACGGUGGCCCGCUACAAGUUCUACCUGGCCUUCGAGAACUCGCAGCACCUCGAUUACAUCACCGAGAAGUUCUGGCGCAACGCGCUGCUGGCCGGGACCGUGCCGGUGGUGCUGGGCCCCGACCGUGCCAACUACGAGCGCUUCGUGCCCCGCGGUGCCUUCAUCCACGUGGAUGACUUCCCUAGUGCCUCCUCCCUGGCUGCCUACCUGCUCUUCCUCGACCGAAACCCGGCAGUCUACCGUCGCUACUUCAACUGGCGCCGGAGCUACGCCGUGCACAUCACUUCCUUCUGGGACGAGCCCUGGUGCCGGGCCUGCCAGGCUGUGCAGACCGCCAGGGACCGGCCCAAGAGCAUACGCAACUUGGCUCGCUGGUUUGAGCGGUGAGGCCGCUCUCCUGUGCGUGUAUCCCUGGGGAGGUCAGAUGGGCAGCUUUUUGAGCCUCGGCUGUGCAUCUCCUGGACUCCUGAAUCAUGGGACGGAGUUUUCCAGACACCCAUUUGUACUCUAUGGGGAAAUGGUAGUUUCCAUAUGGCUAAUCAAUAUUACUCAGCGCAAAGACUGGGUGGGAAGAAUUCCUGGUUCUCAUGGGGUUUUUGCAUAAACAGCAGUUGGGCUCUGUCUGCUGUCCCUGAGCAUCAGUGUUCACCUGUGAAGGGAGCCCUUCCUUACCGUGUAACUGGUGCAGAGGAGAAGAAAUAGCUUAUCUACCGGAAGCCUUUGAGUUAGUUGCUCUGGCUUUCCUCAUCGGCCCCAGGCCACGUUUGUGGUCUGUGUGGACUCCAAAUCUACACUCCCGUUUCACUGCGCCAAGGUGCAGCAAGCCUGGGGUUUAAGAAGGCGCCCUGUUGUGGAACAGUGAUAGGACUAGGCCACCGGUGGGUCCUCUUUGUUGAAUUCUGAAAAGCCUCAUCUCCUAAGAAGAAGGAAUAUGAGAAGGAGGGUCACCCAAAAAUCCAUUGACAGUUCCUUAACAAGUCCUUUUUAUUCCCCUGCUCUAUGAAUGCAAAGAAGAUGUUAGAUUGCCCUUGAAGGGGAGUUCAGAUGAAUCUAUAGGUAUACCUCACUUUUACAAAUGUAUUUUUGAAAUGUAUUUUUGGAAAGCUGCUUUUAGAUCAAGUCCCAAUCACUGCUUUAGGAGAGUUCAGAAUUUAAUGCAGCCCUAUGGAGAAUCCCUUUGCAAUGUGAAUGAUCAUCUAACUUAUUUCCUCUGUGUCUAUGUUUUUCUAUAACUUAAAAUUUUUAAGAAGUGUAUUGAAAUUACAGAUGUGAAAAUAAAGUGGAAGCAACCUC